UUUGCACACCCUCACUCACUUUCAGCGAGGCAGCCAGUCUGUGUUACAAGUCUAUACAGUCUGCAGUCGGCGGGCAAGACCAAAAUCGCUCUAUAUUUAGCUGUUUUUGUUCGAGGGAAGAAAAAAAAAGUUUUUCCUGCCUCGCUUGGCUGCAUUCGUACCUUUUGAUUGAAGGGAACACUUUUAAAGUCGCUGAAGCCGAAAGAGCGAAAACUUUCUUUUGUAAACUCGGAGCAAACUUUUUCAGUAAACGAUGUCGCGUGUAAGAUGUAUCUUAUUCCUCGGGCUGGCGAUUGUCUUCGUUAGGACCAAAGGAGAGGAUGGUGGUUUCAACCUUGAAGACGCGACCAGAGAUGAUCUACCAACUCUAAAACCACCCGCAAAACCCCCUGCAAUACCUGAAACAUCUUUAGAUUUCAAUGAUGCCGACAUGCCCGCAAAACCAAAGAACACAGAGGAUGAUGCCGAUGAGUUUGAUUUGGGUGAUGCCCUCGAUGGUGAAGACAAAUACACUCCAACAAAGGCACCCGCUAAACCAGGAAAGGGGGGCAAUUCAGGGGGAGAUUUUGGAGACGACGAUCUCAAGGAUAUAGCUGGCGGUGACUACAAACCAGACAAUACCAAUUCCAAAGGGCGUUCAGCUGGGGGCCCUUCUGGAGAUAGCACGCAGGAGGGAGCCACAAAAGAAGGUGGGAACGGUACCUUAGCCGGCAUUAUCAGCGGCGUCUUGCUGUCCUUGGCAGGCGGGGUGACCAGCUACGUUCUCUAUCAAAAGAAGAAGCUGUGUUUUAAGGUGACAGGAAAUUCGGGCGAACAGAACGUGAAGCAAGAUAAUGCUCAAGGCCAGAGAGAGGACCCUCAAUCCUAUAGUACACUUCUGCAAUCACAGCCUGUGGCUAGCAACUAGGAGAUGACCAGGCAAGAGGGGAAAAUAAUCUCGAAGCAAAUGGCCGUGGUUCAUCGAGGCACUUGAUGUUCUCCUUCAUACUUAUCCCCUGUACACUUGACUUAUCUCUCUGCUUCCGAUAUUGUUAAUGACUUUGAGUUUUGUUUUUAUUGAGGCGUGGAUUUAUUUUCACCUCGACUUUUUUAAAAUAGGUUUGCAAAAGAAAUGCUAAUGUCCCUCCGAGCCGCUACUUUUUAUACAGUAAUACAAUUUUGUGAUGCCCAUUUAUUUUCUGUAAAUUAAUUGAUGUAUUUGA